AUGGAUAAGCACUCUAGAGAUGUAUAUGACAUUGAGUUUGACGAUGCAUACAUGAUCCGGGCGGUUAGAGAAUACGAUGAAUUGGUGGAGAAUUUGAAAAGGAGACUGGAUUUAAUAAAAAAAAAGAUCGUUCUUGUGGUUAGCAGGGAAUUUCCGGGAGUUGGUGAAUAUGAGGAUGAAGUGGAAAAGAGGAAAAGAGCAUGCGAGAAAGAGAGAGAG